AUGUCAACACCAUGGACUGUUCUAGAUCAUCCCAACAUGGUAAUAUUCACGCGACCAAACUUCACAAAGCAUACUACGAACAACGGUCCAGUUCCAUGCAGAACUUGCAGCACCUCAAUUCCAUGCCGAGGAUUUGUCUGCGAAUGCACUGAUCACGAAUACUACUGUUCUGAAUUCUGCAGAGGCCAGCACUUCAGUUUUUGCAUAUCCAACGUUUCCAGACAUAUCGCUCGUCCUACACCCCACCACAAACUCGCACUUUACUUUCCACCCAAUACCGAGAACCCUCAAGUAUUCUGGUGUCCCUGUCCUCUUAUUAAUCAGAACCCCUGCGUACCUUCUUGCGACACCUGUAUUGUGUGCGAGAGCUGCCACGAUUGUCAUAGCUAUGAUCUUCCGCUCCCUGCCCCCAUUUUGGCCCAAGGCGCAAACACCACAGCCAAUUUACAAGACGAUCUUGUGAGCUGGCUCAUCACUCCCGGAAAAGAAGACCCUGCAGGCUGGACACCGGGUACCGUCAUGGGUUUGGAGGAGGGAGAUAUUCUCGAUCAAUGCGGAGAGAAUAAGUGUAUUCAGAAACUCAUAGGAUGGGAACGAGGUUGGAUCGGACCAUUUGUACUUAUUGGAGAUUCGUGGGCGGAUUGCAAUGGGAAGACGAUGAAUAGAGAUAUCAAUAUGGAUGAUAUGGAAACGGCGAAGAAGUUUUUCCUCUCCACGUCACCUAAAGAUCUGGUUGCUGCGGAAGUAGCCGUUGCAGAACGUAAGGAAAGGGGGGUCUUUGAGAUGAAUGAUAUUUUAGGCCGUUUAUUGAAUGGGAAAUAA